AUGGAGCUACUGAAAGUACUUAGUUUGUUCGCACUUCUUGUGUGUGCGAGAGCUGAUGAUGUGGACCAAGAUUCCACAACGCCUGAGCCGCUGAAAGUAGUAAAUGAGGAAGUGAGUCCAGAAUAUUGGUUGAGACAGGCCAAGGAAAGGUUCGCCAAAGAUUGCAAGAUGUUCAGCUCACUGAGAAACUCCUCCCAUGCCAAGAAUGUGAUCAUGUUGUUGGGUGAUGGUAUGGGGAUGCCAACAAUUUCUGCCAGUCGAUUCUACAUCGCGGAAAUGCAGGGUCGAAAUGGCUCUGCUGUUUUCCACCCCUUCGAAGAGUGGGAUUUCAAUACGAUGGCCAGAACAUAUGAUCUUGAGACAUCAGUUACUGAUUCCGCCAGUUCAGCUAAUGCCUACCUGACUGGCUCGAAAACGCGAACUGGCAUGAUUGGAAUCGACGGCAAUCUAAACGUCAAACAAUGUGGAAAAUGGGACUCACAGCAUUUCACGCAAUCAGUUCUUGAAGCUGCGAACGAAGCUGGCAAAGCAACUGGUGUCAUUACAAACACAAGAAUAACCCAUGCUUCUCCAUCUGGCACUUAUGCUCAUGUCACCUACCGAGACAUGGAGAGUGACGCCAAAAUAAAGGAAUUUUGCCCAACAGAACACGAAGAAAUGCACUGUCAAGACAUUGCUUGCCAGUUGAUUCAGAACCACCAAUACAUCAAUGUGAUUAUUGGUGGUGGACAGAAGAAUUUCUACCCCAAUGAUGUCAAUCUUAAGGCAGAUGAUAAUAAAUUGGGUGUUCGACUGGAUGGGAGGAAUCUGAUUGAAGAAUGGAUUAACAAUAAAACUAAGGAGAACAAAAAGUUCUGCUUUGUCGGCAAGCCAGAAGAGCUGAAGGAUUGCAAACCAUCAGAAAAUGAUUACAUUUUGGCGCUUCCUUACGAAGAUCAUAUGCCAUAUACUCACGACAUUCCAAGGGACAAACCGGAUCUUCUAGAUUACGUACGCACAGGUCUUGAAGUUCUCAAACGACAGAAAAAUGGAUUCUUCCUUUUCAUCGAGAGUGGUCGAAUUGACCACGCUCAUCACAACAAUUAUGGGCGUUAUUCCCUCGAUGAGAUGUUGGAGUUUGAUAAAAUUAUAAACUACAUCCAAGCAUCAGUUGAUCUAAAGGAGACUUUGUUAAUUGUCACAGCUGAUCACUCGCACGCACUUGAAUUGGUUGGCCAACCCGGACGAUUCCAAAGUGUCCUUGGUAUUGAUCAAUAUUAUAGCAAUCAUACCAAAGAUAAGAUGCCAUUACAAGGACUCAACUAUAUGAAUGGACCAAAUGGUUUAAAUCAGGAUUUUCGGAAAAAUCCCUCUUACGAAGAUAUCUUCGCCUGGGGGUAUCAACAGCAGACAUUAGUACCACUUCGUUUUUCCUCCCACGGUGGUGACGAUGUCGGCGUCUACGCAAUCGGACCCCAAUCGCCUUUCUUCCACGCCAAUGUGGACAACACCUUCAUUGCCCAAACCAUGAAACUGGCACUAGGAGUCAAACCCUUUAAGAAAAAGAAUUCACCCUGCGCGUCAGAAACCCAUCACAUAUCCCUUCCCACCAUUCACCAUCUUGAAGCAGGAGAUACCUCCAUCCUACUGGGAGGACCUAGCUCGGAAGGAAAUAGACAAGGCGAACAGCUAUUUCCCGAUUUCUACUCGAAGGCAAAGAAGGCGAAAAAUGUGAUUCUCUUUCUCGGUGAUGGCAUGGGAAUUCCUACACUCGCCGCCACUAGAUUUGAUCGCACCAACACCACUGGUAAGGCUGAGAAGCACCCAUUCGAGGACUGGGAGUUCUCCUCCCUCUGCAGGACCUAUGAUCUUGAAACCAUGGUCACUGACUCUGCCUCCUCCGCCACAGCCUAUCUUACAGGUACCAAGACGAGAACAGCCAUGAUAGGUGUGACAGGCGAGGUUUUCUACAAGGAAUGCAAAAUGUACUCCGACGAAGAGAAGACAGAAUCUGUUCUAACUGCAGCUCAAAAGGCAGGAAAGUGGACUGGCAUUGUGACCUCAUCAAGAAUUACUCAUGCCUCACCAGCUGGUUGCUAUGGUCAUGUCGCCCAUCGUGACUGGGAGGUAGAUUCAAAGUUGCCAUGUAAUAGAAACGCAGAUUGUGCUUGUACUGAUUUGGCCUAUCAGCUCAUAUAUGAACACCAAGAUAUCCACGUACUUAUGGGUGGUGCUCAAGAGUUCUUCUAUCCUGAUACUGAACCGUUGCCUUGUAACAGAAGUGCUAGGGGCAGACGUUGGGAUGGAAGAAAUUUGCCGAAGGAAUGGGAGAAAACGCAGCACUCCAAGGGCCGCAAGUACGUCUAUGCAGACAGUCCAAGUGCUUUCAAGAAGAUCAACUUUGAGGAUUACGAUUAUGCUCUAAGUUUGAUCUCAGCAUCUCAUCUUCCUUAUGAGUUGGAUAGACCCCAAGGUGAUCCUGGACUAUACGAACAAGCCAUGGCUGCAAUCAAAAUUCUAAAAAAGAGUCCCAACGGCUUUUUCCUGUUCCUCGAGGGAGCUAGAAUCGAUCAGGCCCACCACGAAAACAGAGCCAUGAAGUCAUUCGCAGAGCAGCAUGUCUUCGAUCGAGUCAUUGAGGAUAUCUUCAAGGAGGUGAAUCCCGAGGAAACAUUGCUUGUUGUAACAGCUGACCACUCGCACUCCUUUGCAUUGGUUGGUCAACCCAGUCGAUUCCGAAGUCUGUUCCUUCCAGAUCUUGUGAAGGGCAAUGAAACUCUAGAUAACAAAGGCAUGCAGCCGGUUGGCUACAUGACUGGUCCAGGAUCAAAAAUGAAUGCAACGAGAGACAAUGUUUGGGACAUGAAAGAUGAAACUUUGUUUGGCAAGGACACUCAAUUGCAGGCAUUGAUUCCAAUUGGCUGGGCAACACAUGGUGGGGAUGACGUUGCAGUCUUU